UUUGCGAUUUGCCAUUUGCCACAAAUGGUUGACCUUCACAAAUCACACGUGUAGAAGCCGAUGAAAAUACACACGUGGAUUAAUUUUUUUUUUUUACUUAGUGUAUACAUUUAUAAUUAUAAAUACAGUAAAUAUAAAAAAAAAUACAAUAAGAAUAAUUUAAAAGUAUUUUUUUAUUGUUAGUAGUUUAUUUUUUUUUUUAUUUAAAAUCAAAGACAACAUGACAUCAAAGUCGAGAAAAAGUUUGUCAGUAGUCUGGGUUACAUGUGAGAAUUGUCAAUCAACAAUACCCCAAAAAGAUUCAACAGAUCAUAUUUCAGAAUGUCCACCUCCAGAAAUUGAUUGGAAAAAUAAUUACAUUCGUAAUUUAACACUACACAGCACUGCAGAAAUUUAUGUGGCUGAUCAAGAAUUGCCAAAAAAUAUAUCUGCACGUGAUACUCAUGACAUGGUAUUUAUGUCACAUUCAGCACUUCAACAUUGUCAAAUUGCCAUUGGUGAUAGAGUCAUGAUAAAAUAUCAUGAUGGAGCAAUUGUUAAAACAGCUUGGCCAACAUAUGACAAAAGUUUAACAAGUGUUUGUCUCACAAAAAGCACAAUUGAUACUAAUAAAAUAAAUGGACCAAUAAAAGUUAAAAAAUUUACUCAUAUGUUAAAUUCAGCAAAAGAAAUAAUGUUUGAAUACACAAGUAAACAAUCAAGACCAAAAUUUACACAAGAUUUACAAGUUAUGAUUAAAAAUCUAAAUGAACAUAAAGCUUUUGCUGUAAAUAAUAAAAUUUUUAUUCCUUAUUAUGGUAAAAAUUUAAUACUCAAAAUAAUAAGAAUCAUUGGUGACAGAGAAAGUGCCUCAAAUGACCUUACUGCUGAAUUUGAAAGAAUAAGAAUUGACGAUACUGAAUACGAGUUUUAUGAGGCACUUUAUACAACCAAGUGGACACUGAUUGAUGAAAAAGAAAAUGAGAAUAACAAUUUAGUUAAAAAAAAUUAUCCAAGAUUAGAAGAUAUUGGUGGUUAUCAAAAGUUAAUUGAAUCUAUCAUUAAAGUUAUGACACCAGCACUAACAAAAUUUGAUAAAGUUUGGAAAGGAAUUAAAGACUGCAAAGGAAUAUUAUUAUAUGGUAGUGAAGGUGUUGGUAAAACAACUAUUGCAUCAGCACUUCUUGCACAUUUUAAUGUAAAUAUUUUUGAAAUGAAUGAUGUUUUUAAAAAGAACUCAACUGAAUCGAGUUUAAAAGAAAUCUUUGCUGAGGCAAAAUCUCAAAGUCCAUCUAUUAUAUUUAUUGACGAUAUUGAUGAUUUUUGUCCAAAGAAAAGUAGUUCUAGUAGUAACGAUGACAAACGACUACUUAAAGUAUUGAUUAAUGAAAUUGAUAAUUUAAUGAAUAGUGAUUGUUCAACAAUGAUACUUGCAACAAGUUCAAAACCUGAUUCAAUUGAUCAAAAACUUAAAAGUUUUGGUAAAAUUGAUGAGAUGUUUGAAAUACCAGCACCAACACCAAAAAUACGUUUUGAUAUUUUAAAAAAAUUAUUAACAAAUGUACCAAAUAAUAUUAAUGAUGAUGAUAUUGAAGAACUAUCAUCAACAACACAUGGUUUUGUUGCAAGUGAUUUAUGUUUACUAUGUAGAAAAGCUAAAAUACACGCGAGAGAAAGAUAUGAAUUAGCUCAAGAUAAUAAUGAUGACAUUAAUGUUGAAUUUUCAAUAACUAAUGCUGAUUUUGAAUUUGCACGUGAUAAAGUUAAUCCAUCAGCAAUGACAGAAGUACUUGUUGAAGUUGUUAAUGUUAGAUGGACAGAUAUUGGUGGUUAUGAUAAAUUAAAAUUAGAGCUUAAGCAAUCUGUUGAAUGGCCACUUAAAUAUGGUGAUAAAUUUGACUAUUAUGGAAUUAAACAACCAAAAGGUUUUUUGAUGUUUGGUCCACCUGGUUGUUCAAAAACAAUGAUUGCAAAGGCACUUGCAACUGAAACAAAACUUAAUUUUAUCAGUAUUAAGGGUUCAGAGUUAUUUUCAAAAUGGGUUGGUGAUUCUGAAAAAAAUGUGAGAGAUUUGUUUCGCAAAGCAAAACAAGUUGCACCAUCGAUAAUAUUUAUUGAUGAAAUUGAUGCAAUUGGAAGUGAAAGAUCAAGUGGUAGCUCAAGUACUGGUAGUAAUGUUCAAGAUAGAGUAUUAACACAAUUUUUAACUGAACUUGAUGGUGUUCAAUCACUGGAAAAUGUUAUACUUGUUGCAGCAACAAAUCGACCUGACAGAAUGGACAAAGCACUAAUUAGAUCUGGUAGAUUUGAUAGCAAAAUAUACGUUCCACUACCUGAUGACAAGACUAGAUUGGAAAUAUUUAAAAUUAAAUUUAAAAGAAUGCCAAUUGGUAAUGAUGUUGAUAUUGAAGAAUUGGUAAACAAGACUAAUGGCUAUUCUGGUGCUGAAAUACAAAAUAUUUGUAACAAAGCUGCAAUAAAAGCCUUACAUAGAAAUUUAGAAAAUUCAAGUGGAAAUAACACUGAAACUUCAUGUAUAAUCAAAAAUGAUUUUGAAGCAGCAUUAGCAGAUGUUAUUCCAGUUACUCCUAAAAGUCUUAUCAAAAUUUACGAAAAUUAUUUAUCCAAUGAUAAAAAUAAAGUGUAAAUAAUAUUAUUUCAAACGAUAUCUUCAAGGAGUAUUCAAAGAUAUUUCAAUUUCACCGAUUAAUUUAAAGUGCUUCAAAAUUUUCUUUGUUAUUUUACUCACAGAAAGGCCUAUCAAGAAUAAAUAAAAAAAUAAAAUACAUA